CUUUAACCUCGAGCGGCCGCCGCGAGCGCCCACUCCCGCCCUCCACUUCGCGCGCCCUCCCGCCCGGCCUGGGGCGCCUCCGCCUGGACUCCGGGGGCGCAGGCGUCCACGUGCGCGUCGGCAAAACUGCGCGCUACCCGCGCCCGGAAAGCAGACGCCUGCAUUUGCCAUGAUGCUCUCAUCCAGCGACUUUGCAUCUGCUUCUUGGGAGCUCAUCGUCAGAGUUGACCAUCCAAACGAGGAGAAGCCUAAAGAGGUCACACUGAGAGUGUCUGGAGACCUGCAUGUUGGGGGGUUAAUGCUCAAGUUAGUAGAACAGAUCAACGUAGCCCAAGACUGGUCAGACUUUGCCCUCUGGUGGGAACAGAAACAUUGCUGGCUUCUGAAAACACACUGGACUCUGGACAAAUGUGGGGUCCAGGCAGACGCAAAGCUUCUCUUCACCCCUCAGCACAAAAUGCUUCGCCUCCGCCUGCCAAACGCAAAGACAGUGAGGUUGCGAGUCAGUUUCUCCGCUGUGGUUUUUAAAGCUGUCAGUGAUAUCUGCAAAAUCCUGAAUAUCAGAAGAUCAGAAGAACUUUCCUUGUUAAAGCCAUCUGGUGACUAUUUUAAAAAGAAGAAAAAAAAAGACAAAAGUAACAGGGAGCCCAUAAUUGAAGAUAUUUUGAACCUGGAGGGUUCUUCAACGACUUCAGGUCCACCGGUAAGUCCUGGCUUAUACAGUAAAACCAUGACUCCCACGUACGACCCCAUCAGUGGAACGCCCGCAUCCUCCACCAUGACUUGGUUCAGCGACAGCCCUUUGACAGAACAAAACUGCAGCGUCCUGGCAUUCAGCCAACCCCCCCAGUCACCAGAAGCACUGGCAGAUAUGUACCAGCCUCGGUCUCUGGUUGACAAAGCCAGGCUUAACGCAGGUUGGCUGGACUCCUCACGUUCCCUUAUGGAGCAAGGCAUCCAGGAGGAUGAGCAGCUGCUGUUACGAUUUAAAUACUACACUUUCUUUGACUUGAAUCCCAAAUACGAUGCUGUUCGAAUCAACCAACUCUAUGAACAAGCCAGGUGGGCCAUCCUCUUGGAAGAAAUUGACUGCACGGAAGAAGAAAUGUUGAUCUUUGCAGCACUGCAAUAUCACAUUAGCAAACUCUCGCUGUCAGCUGACACACAGGAUUUUGCAAAUGAGUCUGAGGUCGACGAAGUAGAAGCUGCACUCUCUAAUUUGGAAGUGACCCUAGAAGGUGGAAAAGCAGACAACGCUUUGGAGGACAUUACUGAUAUCCCUAAACUUGCAGAUCAUCUCAAAUUAUUUAGGCCCAAGAAGCUGAUCUUAAAGGCUUUCAAACAAUAUUGGUUCAUCUUUAAAGACACAUCUAUAGCCUACUUUAAAAAUAAGGAACUUGAGCAAGGAGAACCAGUAGAAAAACUAAAUCUUAGAGGCUGUGAAGUUGUGCCAGACGUCAACGUAGCAGGGAGAAAAUUUGGAAUCAAGUUACUAAUCCCUGUUGCCGAUGGUAUGAAUGAAGUGUAUCUGAGAUGUGACCAUGAGAACCAGUAUGCGCAAUGGAUGGCUGCCUGCAUCCUGGCAUCGAAGGGCAAAACCAUGGCAGACAGCUCCUACCAGCCAGAGGUCCUCAACAUCCUUUCAUUCCUGAGAAUGAAAAAUCGGAACUCGGCAUCUCAGGUGGCUUCCAAUAACGAAACCAUGGAAAUGAACCCUGAAAGUUUUGUGUCACCUCGGUGUGCAAAAAAACACAAGUCAAAGCAGCUGGCAGCCCGGAUUCUAGAAGCCCACCAGAACGUGGCCCAGAUGCCGCUGGUCGAAGCCAAGCUGCGGUUCAUCCAGGCGUGGCAGUCUCUUCCGGAAUUUGGCCUCACCUACUACCUUGUCAGAUUUAAAGGAAGCAAGAAAGAUGAUAUCCUGGGAGUUUCAUAUAACAGGCUGAUUAGAAUUGAUGCAGCCACAGGGAUUCCAAUGACAACAUGGAGAUUCACAAAUAUGAAACAGUGGAACGUAAACUGGGAAAUCCGGCAGGUGGCAAUCGAAUUUGACCAGAACGUCUCCAUUGCGUUCACCUGCCUGAGUGCAGAUUGCAAGAUCGUGCAUGAGUACAUCGGUGGAUAUAUUUUCUUGUCUACUCGGUCUAAGGACCAGAAUGAAACCCUUGACGAGGACCUGUUCCACAAGCUGACUGGCGGUCAGGAAUGAAGCAAAACUGACCUGCCCACACACAGACGGUGAGCCAAGGAUGGUCCUCCCUGAACAGAUGGGCUCCUUGGCUCGCACAGUGUGCACUGCAGCCUGACGGACAGCAUGUACUCACCACUGGUCCGUCAGAUGAGGACCUCAUCUCAUUCCAGAUACCCUGCCCGCUACCUCCUUUUCCUUACUUUCCUCUAUCCUACCAGUGACGGAAGGGCCCUCAGUUGCCUUUUCUGCAAAAUGGGUGGGUGGGAGACAGGCUAGAACUCAAAAGAUUACUCUAUGGCCCAGCCUGCAGCCACUGUUCUCUGACUUGCAGAACCUGCAGGUCUAUGGCUAGAAGCCACCAUUGUGCUUCUCUGCUUUGUUGCUAAAUCAGCAAAAGACAGAAAGGUCGAAAGCAUGGGUGGCCAAGGACAGAUCUUAUUCCAUAACUCAGGUAUAAAAAGUAAUUAGUCUUUCCUAACAGAACUGCUUUUAGCUCCCAUCCUCUGAAAAUGACAGAGGGGGUCCUCACGUACACACAGACUUGUUCCCUAUAGGUCAAGGCCUGGGGGUGGGGAAGGGAGAGGUGGAGUUACCUCGCUCUGGUUGGUGACAAGGCGUCAGAGCAGUGGCCUUCAAGGUCAUCAGCUCACAGUGAUUUCUGCAGAGGUGACUACAGACCCAUCUGGCCUUGGACAUUGGCCCCCUCAGGUUAUACCGUGAGUCCUAUUCCACUCCUGGAAGGUCCCUCAGCCACCUUCAUGCCUUUCUUGAUGAUGGGGUGACUCAAAGGCACAGGGAAAUCCAUUCCUCAACCCAGCUGCAGAUCUCAACUGCUGCUCCUUGGAGCGGGAUGGGUCCAGUUUUCUCUGUUCCUAAGAAGCACGGCCCCACAUCUGGGGUUACUGUGGGGUCUUUCUCCCAGCUGGUCAGGAAGAGAAGGACAAGCCCAUUCUCAAAAACCACCAAGUUCAAGGGCUGGUGGCUUCCCUUCUGGCUUCUGCGUGUAUUUUGUAAAUCAGGAGCUGAUAACAGACUUCUGUUUUCUCUGCUUUUCGCUCUGUCAUCUCUGCCUCAAGCCACGGGCAUGAGCCAGGUAACCGCUGCCUCAGUUGUCAUUUUCUGCUUUGGUUUGUCACCUAUGAGAGGAGGGGGUUUUGAGAAGGAAAGAAUCGAUAUCCAGGGUAGAGGGAAAUACCAGACAGUAUUUAAUUAUGUUUUGAUAAAUGUUCUGUCCCAGAAAGGACUUUGGCUGCAGGAGUAAAGCACAGGCUCCAUUUCCAUUUUUAAUUCUUUUAUGAUGCAAAACUCUGGAGGCCUGGCCAGGGCUCAGAUGCCCCAAAACGUCACCUGUUGCUUUCUUUUGAGAAACUGAGAUCUUCCAUCGCUCUGGGAGCCGCAUUAGGACAGCCUGGUCUAGGGAACCCCAGGCCCUGUGCUGGAAGCUGUCCCUGGAAAUUCCUCUUUUCAGCCUCUCCUUAGAGGCGCAGGUUCAUGAAAACCCAAUGAAUUUCCGAGGCACCAAAUGAAUUUCCGAGGCCUCACUUAAACUCGGAGGCGGCUUAGGGCACUUGGCAGAUCUGGUCCACAUCAUAAAGACCUUCGUUUGAAAUGUUUGUAUAGAAACUAGUGCUGAGCCUACUGUUCAUCUCGGUGUUGGUCAUUUGGGUAUCGCCUUGGGCUCUACUAUUUUAGAACGUAAGUCAGGUCUUUAAGAGAACAUCAGGCCCUACAUGAAAGUGAUGCUCCUGGACAUCACACUUUACCUGUCUGCUGCCCGGGACAGCUCUGCCUCAUUUACCAAAGCUAGACCUUCGGUGGGACCCUCGUCCUUAGCUCUUCACGGGUGUCUGACAGUUCAAUGAAAACACUCAAAGGAGUGGACUGGUUUUAACCAAACUUUCCGAGGAACGUUUCUUCCCUGAACACACCACCACAUCCCAAAGGAAUAAACAAAUGGGACAAGAAAACCUUAAAUGCUGCUAUUCCAAAGAGCAACUAAGGACUUUUUUUUUUUUAACAUUGGUUGCAAAAGGUCAUCUGACUCCCUAUGAUGAAAUUUUAAAUUAAUGUGUGCCUUUCAGCCUCCUAUUUUUUCUUAGCUACAAUAGAUGGGGAAAUCUGCAUUUAUUAUUUUAUAGGACUUUUUUAAAUAAAAGUUUUAUAUGGAUUUGA